CCGUCUCUCCCAUGAUCCUCAUCAUAUAUUCAAAAAAAAUUCCUUCGUAACUCACAUAGUCGGAGGUGAAGAACAAGUUUCUCAGAAAUGGCUCACUGGGCCGUCGGUAGAGCUCUUCCAUCGGAGGAGGCUGAUGAACAUCCCAAGCUUUGGGCUACCAAUGGAGAUAGCGAAGCAUCAACCAGUAAAACUAUCACAUUUGAAAAAGAAGUUGACGAGACUCGGAACUGGCUGGAAGAACUGCCGCACGAUGUCUCAGUUGCUAUACUACAAAAGGUUGGGGUCAUUGAUAUACUGCUGAGUGUUCAGUAUGUGUGCGCCUCAUGGCACGAAAUCUGUCAAGACCCUGCAUUGUGGCGGUCCAUUGACAUGUGCAGCAUCGACCAUUACUUUGUGCCAAAUACGAUGUUAAAGUUAACCAAGCAAGCAAUUGAUCGAAGUUGUGGCCAGUUGAUUGAUAUCAACCUCGAGGAUGACUGCAAUGACGAUCUCCUCAAAUACAUUACUGACAGGAAAAAUCAGGUGAGACGUCUUAAACUUAUUUCGUGCUGGGACAUUACAGAUUGUGGAUUAAGUGAAGCUGCUAAAAAGAUGUCAUCCAUAGAAGAACUCUAUCUUCAUUCGGGGAAAAUCACAGAAGUAGGUCUUGAAAAUGUUGGACGCAGCUGCCCCGGUCUGAAAUCACUCACACAUAAUCGACAAAGGGCUCGAAGAUUUUAUCCCAAUUCUGUGGAGGGGUAUCAAUUUGAUCAAAAUUCCGAAGGACUUGCUAUCUCAAGAACUAUGCCUCAGUUACGUCAUCUUAGCCUUAUUGGGAAUUCCAUGACUAACACGGGUCUGCAAGCCAUUCUAGAUGCUUGCCCUCAUCUUGAAUCACUUGAUCUUAGGAAGUGUAAUAACGUUGACCUGACUGGUGAGUUGGGUAAAAAAUGUUCUUCUAUAAAGACAUUCCGCCACCCCAAUGAGUUUGUUGGUGAUUAUGACUCUGAAUCAACAUCUGAUCAAGAGAUGGGAGGUCUACUCUUGGACCAAUCUGAUGAUAAUACUGACCUAGAUGAUGAUAUUGCUGAUGAAUUUUCAGGCUUCUGGCGUCCUUGAUUCAGAUGAUAAUGAUGAUGUCAAAUACAGAUACUACAACUCCCAUGAGUUUUUUGAUUUCCACUAAGGGGUUCUUAUAAACGCAUAAUCGCAAAACAACUAAAACAUUUGCUAUAUGUUUUUGAUCUUGACUUUUCAAGUUUGUUUGUUUUUUUUACUGAAAACUCUAAUUAUGUGGUAGUGUUAUUACUUUGUUUUAGAAUUUAAUUGUUCUUAGGUUUCUAUGUGGUAAA